AUGACGACUCUCGCCGCUCGCUCGCCCUACCCGGCUCCCACGCUCUCGAGCAGCAUAAUGUAUCGCCAACCCAACGCCGCCGUCAAUACACACUUUACGAGUCCGACAGAAUCCGAAUUCUCAGAAUCACACAGAGAUGGAAGAGAUUCCGUUAUGGAGUGGGAUGAGGGCCGUGUUGUCGAAUGGCUGCGGAGCUUCAACUGUGGUCAAUAUGCGGAGACAUUUCGAAAGAACAACAUAAAUGGGCAGAUUCUCCUAGAAAUGAACGACGAGCGGUUGAUGGAAAUUGGUAUCAAGAAGAUUGGGCCCAAAAAGCUUCUCAGAAGAAGGAUUGAUAUUCUCCGGAAAGAGCUAUUACAGAAAUCAAGCAGAAGCUUCAUGAACAGAGAAAACAGGACAGCACGGGUGCAGCGACAUGGAGCGCCGAGUCCGAUGAAAGACAACAGCACAUCACUUCCUACAUCGAGGUUGGCGAAUCCAAGGAAUACAAAUAUGGACACUCCGCAGACUGCACGCUUCAUCCACAACGUGAAGCCAUCAUCGUCUUUUGACAACCUCAACGCCUCAGGGAGCGCGCUACCCAGUGGCAAGCCGUGGAUAAAGGUCAUCUUCGAGAACGGUCGAUACUCCGUCAUCAACAUUGAAGGCUUUCGGACCGCCGAAGACAUCAUUCGCAGUACCCUUAAAAAGGGCACGUUGAAUGAGAACCACUUCCGGUCGUACUGCUUUUACGUACUGGACGGGACCGACCCUAGUCCGGCGUUCUGUCGCAGAAUAGGAGAAGCGGAACUCUGCAAGCUUUGCAAUGACAGUGUCAGGAGCGAGCGUGGCCGUUUGAUUCUGCGCAAGAUUCAUGCAGGAGAGCCAGAUGGCGAACAACUACUGGCUGCAGCGCGCAUCGCUGCGCAGCAACUUCCGGAACCUCCAGCUAUUGAAGUACAGCAGCCUGGAAAACCGAAGACCCAUCAGAAGAUCGAGAAGCUCACCGGAGAACCACUGGCGGCUGUCAGUUAUCCCAUGAGUCCCGCCAGUGCCGCGGAACGUAAGGACUACUUCAAAGAAGCCAGCGGUAAAGUACAGCGAGCUGUCAGCACGGCGUCUUCACGUGCCCGGAAACUGAAGGACUUUUACGGCGCCCGGCCACCUACAGAGUUCAUCACACAAGAUCUGCAGUCUUACUUUCCAGAGGUGGCGCGAGAAGAAAUGGAUCGCACCGUCCGCAUGUCGAUCAGACGAAGCAAGAGACUGAGUCGUGCUGUGAGAACACUCAGCAUGGCAAGCAACUUCAGCAUUGCCGACAGUCUCAAGGACGCUCCGCCAUUGCCCACCAUCGCGGACGGAUGGCUCAAGGAUGCAGGUUCGGCUCACAGAUCAGGACUGCGCCCACUCAGCGUCGUUCGCAUUGGAAGGACCGACUCACAUCGAGAAUCCGACACUAGUAGCAUGCUGCAACCUCUAGAUGAAGAGUUGCCAUCGGAGCCGAACAGGAAGAGCUAUGUGUCUUUCGGUGGAGACAGCGGCUCAGAUACGACCGCCAGCAUCGCCCCUACAGACGAGGGGCACACCGUUCUACCUUCGUACCUCCAAAACCAGGGUCACAGCCCCACUACGACAGAGGGCGGAGGCGAUAGCCUAAACUCGCGCUUAUCGCGCUUCAUUGCGGAGGAUGGUGAAGAGUCGGAUGAAGAACUCAUCCAGCAUCUGGAAGCGAACAGUUGGGACGACUUGAAGUACAUGAAAGGCGCCAUGAUAGGCCAGGGCUCUUUCGGUACCGUCUUCCUGGCACUCCACGCCGUCACCGCCGAAUUGAUGGCCGUCAAGCAAGUCGAAAUGCCCUCCAACAGCGGCUCCACCAUGGACGCGCGAAAGAACAACAUGAUCGAGGCCCUCAAGCACGAAAUCACCCUCCUUCGUGACCUCAAACACACCAAUAUUGUGCAAUAUCUCGGGUCCAACAGCGACGACCAACAUCUCAACAUUUUCCUCGAGUAUAUCGCUGGCGGGUCUGUUGCGACUAUGCUCGUCAACUACGGCUCUCUCCCCGAAGGCCUUAUCUCGAACUUCGUCCGCCAGAUCUUGCAGGGACUGAACUACCUCCACUCCAAAGACAUCAUCCAUCGCGACAUCAAAGGUGCCAACAUCCUCGUCGACAACAAAGGCACCGUCAAAAUCUCCGAUUUCGGUAUCUCCAAACGCGUUGAAGCGUCCACCCUCCUGAACCCGGGUCCACACAAACGCGGCGGUCCGCGCGUCUCACUCCAAGGCUCCGUCUUUUGGAUGGCGCCCGAAGUCGUGCGCCAGACAGCAUACACAAAGAAGGCCGACAUCUGGAGUUUGGGCUGUCUGAUCGUGGAAAUGUUCACCGGAAGCCAUCCGCAUCCGAACUGCACUCAAUUGCAAGCCAUCUUCAAGAUCGGCGGCAGUGGGAGCAAUGCGGACAAUGCACGGCCUGACAUGCCCGAGAUUGCGAGCGAGGAGGCGAAGGCUUUCUUGAAGAGGACAUUUGAGAUUGAGCAUGAGAAGAGGCCGAGCGCGGAGGAGUUGUCUGGGUUUGAAUUUGUCAACCCGAAGACAUGA